AUGACACAGAAGCAAUCGAUAGCGGGGAAGCUUUCAAGUGGGAAGAACAAAAGGGAUACUGUUACCGAAGUAUACGAUCCGCGCGCGAUAAUGCUAAGCGCACCUCUAUAUAUACCUCCUCCGGCCGAGGCAAUGGUCUAUAGUGACAGGUUGUUUUCCGGUACCAUUGAAAAUGGGAUUCAAACGAAGGACGGGGAGUUCUCUCUAUGGAAACUGCGCAGGCUGCGAUACACAGGUUUAUCAGCUCGGCCUACUUUGUGUCUAGGUCAUUAUGCUGGAGAACUAAGGCGGCUUGAGUGA